AUGAGCCCCUACCAGACACACCCCGUAGAAAUACACCAUCUCAAGCAUGCAACCCCGGACUAUCUCCAAGCGGCACUCACGGUUGUGCAGAACGUGCACAAAUUCAAAGGGAAAGCGGACAUUCUCGUCUUCCUUCCCGGAGAGAACGAGAUAGAAACGCUCUGUUCUCAACUGCGACGGGCCAAGCUCGAUCUAGAGGUCUUGCCACUGUACUCACUGAUGGCCUCAAAGGAGCAGAAGCGGGUUUUCCAGCCGUCAUCGAAGCGGAGGUGUAUCGUGACCACGACCAUGGCCGAAAACUUUACCACGGUCGACAAGGAGACUCGCUGGAUCUCCAAUGUCAAAUAUGUGGUUGACUCGGGCCUUCGCAGGCUCAGUUACCAAAAUCCGAGAACAAGGAUGGACAUGCUCCUGCUGACACCAGUAUCCAAACAGCAAGCACAGCAGCGAGCAAAGCGCGCUGGCGCGUUUGGGCCCGGAGAGUGCUACCGACUAUACACCAAGAAAUGCUACAAAGAACUCGCCGAGGACGCACUGCCAGACAUGCUCAGGCUUGACAUCACGGAUGAGAUACUGUAUCUUAAAAACGAAGAGGGAUCUGUGGAUCUAACCGAAUACGGAGCCGGUCCAGAGAACGUUCUUCGUGCUCUCGGGGAUCUCAAUGACUGGGGAUACCUCGAUGACCAAGGUGAUAUUACCAGAUUGGGGCGUGACGCCGCUUCUCAAGAGUUCCCGGUGCAUCCAGUCUGGUACAGGGUCCUCCUCGAGGCGGCAAAGUGCGACUGCUCAGUGGAGAUGGUGUCCAUCGCCGCCCUCCUGAGCACACGCAGGACCGUUUUCCUCCGCCCAUAUGCGCACAGGCAUGUCGCGGACUUGGCGCGCCAGCAGUUCGGGCACGCGCUCAGCGACCACAUGAGCCUGCUGAACGCCUUCUACGCCUACUGCGGCCUGCUCAAGGAGGUCGAGGCCGGUCUCGACGUCGACGUUGAGGAGUGGUGUACGGAUCACUUCCUGAGCCACGCAGCGCUGGAGGACGCCCUGGAGAUCGAGGGCAAAAUCCGGGACUUCCUGCGCGAGCACCGCCUGAUCAAGGCUAUAUCCACGCCCUUCCGGUCUCCGCAGUACGACACCAACAUCAGGAAGGCGCUCGCACGGGGCUUCUGCACCCAGACGGCAUUUCACGAGGCUGGUGAUGUCUACCGCACGGUCCACCGCGGCGAUCACGCCCUGCUUAGUCGAACCAGCGCCCUGUUGGACAAGAACCACCAGUGGGUUGUCUAUCACCGGUUUCACCUUGUGGCCCACUGCCGCCAGUACCUCGAGGUCGUCACGGCCAUUAAGCCGGAGUGGUUGGUCGACCUACCGUGUUUCCAAGACGAGCGUUGGGCACGACCAAGAGACGGUUCUGGAGAUGCAAUUCAGGCCGUAGCAAAAGCCUCCAUUGACGAGGCUCGAGAGAGGAUGCAGCAGUCUGAUUGA